AUUCUUUCCACUUCAUACAAUUAUGCCUGUUGUGUUAGUGCUUCGACGCACAAAGUUGGCAAGCUCAGAAUAACGUCACAACUAAGCUUUUUGCCAGAUACUCGGGCAGACCCUCGUUGGUACUCCAUCGGUUAUAGUUGGUAGACACAAAGUAGGGAAGGAUCAUCUGGCUGCAAAAAAGCGCUGCAAAAAACCAAACAUUUUCGCGGGGCCUUCGGGCCCCGGCGAAACUCGUGAACACAUUGAUGGCUAGCAAUGGCGUUGACUUUGCUGAUGUGCGGCGGCGGGUGGCGGCCUUCCGCAAGCCAGAGCUGCUUGAAUGUCUGGAGCGUCUUGGUAUGCGAAAGUCUGGCAAUAAGCCUGAACUGCAGCAGCGGCUCCUGGACAUCUUUGAGAACAGCUGCCAUCUCGUUAGCAACGGCUACAACCACCGGGACAUGUGGCGCGUCACCUCGGCGCAGCGCAUCAUAGAGGAUGUGUACAACAAGGCCUGCAACGGGGCCGGAGCCGCCCCUGCAGCAGCUGCUGCUGCUGGUGGCAGUGCCGCUGCUGCUGCUGCUGCUGGUGGUGCCGCCGCAGCAGCAGCAGGAGGGGCUGGAGCAGCAGCAGCAGGCAGCGGACCCCAUGCGGGCGCACCGGACGCCAAGCCGCGACAACCGCAGCAGCAGCAGCAACAGAUCCCGGCUGCAGCCGCCCCCGCCCCCGCCAACCCCGUAGCCUCCGCGCUUCAAUCCCUCCUCCGACAACCCCAGCACCAACCCAACCCCAUGCCCACCACCGUCACCACCGCCGCCCCCGCACCCGGCGGCGCCCCCACCACCCAACCCAACCCGCGCUCCCUGCUUCCCCCCAGCCGCGCCGCCGCCGUCACCAACAGCACCAUCCGCUGCACCUGCGGCGCCACCACGGGUCGGCCGCCGCUGGUGCAGUGCGCGGCGUGCGGUGUGUGGCAGCACCCGCAGUGCGCGGGACUGGCGCUGGGCGAGCGGCCGGCGGGGGGCGGCCGGCGGCGGAACCCUGCACAAGGUUCGCAGUGUCGACCGCAGCUUCGCGUUGUCGCAGCAGCAGCACUCGCGGUUCAGGACGCGGGACAGCGACCGGCAGUUGCAGCUGGCCUGCCUGCAGCUGAACGACCCGGUGUCCUUCCGCUUCCACUGGCCGCUUGGGGCGCAGCUGGAGGUGAACGGGGUGGCCUACCGAGUCACGGCGCGGAGCAGCACGCAGAAGCUGGGGGCGAACGGGCGGGACGAGCCGGCCAACAUUGGGCAGCUGUGCUUUGCGGGUCGCAACCGCGUGCUGAUGACGUGCACCGACAACCAGCCGUACGUGCUGCUGGUGCUGCUGGCGCGGCGGCGCAGCCUAGCGGAGGUGCGGCAGCUCAUGAGGCCGCAGCUGUCGCGGAGGGACGCGGUGGCGCGGGUGCAGCAGCAGCUCCGAGGUGACGACGAUGACGAGCUGGAGACGGGCACCACGGUGCUGUCGCUGCGCUGCCCGCUGCUGGGCUCGCGCGUGCGCACCCCCGCUCGGUUCACCAGCGUGCCGGGUCUGGCUUGCUUCGACCUGCAGGCCUUCCUGGAGUCGGCGCGCAGCACCCGCAAGUGGCAGUGCCCGCACAGCAUGGCGCACUGCUCAGUCAGCUCGCUGCAGAUCGACACCUACAUGCAGCGGAUCGUGGCAGCGCUUGCUGACACGGAUGUGACGGAGGUGGAGGUGGCGGCGGACGGCUCCUGGCGACCCGCCGGGUCACAGGAGCGCUUCUUCAGCAUCGAGGAGGACAACCCGCUGGCAUCGGUG